CGCCCGCCCGCCCGCCCGCAGCCUGCCUCUCCCCCCGCGCCGCCGGCUCAUCUUCUCUGGAGAGUUCACUCGCGUCUCCUCAGCUGGAAACUCAAGGGCUCAACCCCACCCCCGAAACAGAGCUGGAUCCGCGUCGGACUCUCUCCUUUCAGCGGCUGAAGUGCCCCCUCCUCUGCUGACGAGGGGGCGUCCGUCGGCCGCCUCUCUCGUCUCCCCGCCCCCCAUGACGCACGAGGAGAGCUACUUGGCCAUCCUGCGCUACCUGACGAACGAGCGCGAGCCUUACGCGCCGGGGACCGAGGGCAACGUCAAGCGCAAGAUCCGCAAGGCCGCCGCCUGCUAUGUGGUGCGCGGUGGGACCCUCUACUAUCAGCGCCGGCAACGGGACCAGCAGCGCUUUGCCGAGCUCGAAGUAGUGCUGCAGGCCGAGCGUCGCGGCCGCCUCAUUCGGGCAGCCCACCUGGAAACCGAUGGCUCCCACCGGACCCGCUUGCAGACUUGGCAGCGCCUCUCCAGGCGCUAUUGGUGGCGAGGUAUUCUGAAGCAAGUUAAAGAUUACAUUAAAGAAUGCAGCAAAUGUCAGGAAAAAUUAGAUCGUUCUAGAUCACUGUCAGACCCUUCUGAAAUGUUGGAGGAGCUAGGAUUAGAUGCAAUAUCUCAUGAAGACAGUAAUGAAACAGAUGAUGAAAUAAGUAAUUCCACAUCACUACCAGCAGCUUCACCAAAACCAGUGAAAAAGAAGCCAAUAGCCAAGCAUGAACUUGUAUUUGUUGACAGUAAAGGCCUUGUGAAACAAUCUUCUUCAAAACAUUCUCAGUCAGUUUUGAAUCAGCUGAACCAACAGCGGCUUUCCAGUCAGUUCUGUGAUGUUACCUUGCUUAUUGAAGGAGAAGUGUAUAAAGCACACAAAUCUAUUUUGGCAGCCAACAGUGAAUACUUCAGAGAACUUUUUAUAGAGAAGGGAGCUGUUUCCAGCCAUGAAGCAGUAGUGGAUCUUUCUGGAUUUCGGAAGGCCAGUUUCCUCCCUUUGCUAGAAUUUGCUUAUACUUCAGAGUUAAUUUUUGAUUUUUGUAACAUGGCAGCUGUAGCCGAGCUAGCUCAGCAUCUUCUCAUGACAGAGGUCCUGGAAAUCUGUGAAAAUGUACACAAACAGAUGGAAGAUAAACAAAUCACCGUGUACCAGAAAGGAGAUGUUCAGAUAGUAGAGGUAGCUCAAAAUCUUUCAGAGCAGAAUGAAAAUGAGGUUAAUCCUGUUGUCAGGACUGAGCAAGCAAAACCUACUGAAGAUCCAGUAGCAGCUGUGAAUGGAACAUCAAAUACUGAGGCAGAAGAGAUGACUGUGUCUGAAACAGCAUUGCAAAGUGUUUCAGAGCCUCUUAUGAAGAAUCCUCCUGAGCUCCCAGGGCAUACUCCUACUUUGGAAACAACUGAAAAUGAGGAAAAAGCCCCAAUAAUGGAAUGUUCCACAAAUCAAACUAUAACUGUGGUACAAACUGAGCCUUCAGUAGCAGAGCAGGUUGUUAUUAGCACUCAGGCAGAAAAUGAUGCUGAUCAAAAUAUAAAUGGAGAUCAAAAUGUGAGCAGUGAACAAAAUGUGAGCAGCGAAGCAAAUGCAGAGGUUGCUGCUGAGGAUUCCCAGGAAGGGCUUAAGCGAAAACGUGGUAGGCCUUGUAAAAUGCAGGGCAUUCCACAAUCACAGUCAGAGACCACAGCUUUCAGUCAAGAUGAUACUUACAAAAGUAAGCUUCGCCAGCGUUCUGUUAGUGAGGGUGGCUAUAUUCGACUGCACAAGGGUACUGAGAAAAAACUACAGAACAGAAAACCAGCCCCCAAAUCAGCCAUCCAGCAGGUUGCCAUGAAGCUAGUGCAAAGAGGCAAGAAGAUGAAGCAGCCCAAGAGAGAGAUUAUAGAACACAGUGAGGCAGAAGCUCAGCACAAAUGCAGUGAAUGUGGGAUGAUUUUCCAGAGACGUUAUGCUCUUAUAAUGCACACACUGAAGCAUGAAAGGACGAAAAAUUAUAAAUGCCCACUGUGCAAAAAAGAGUUCCAGUAUGGUGCUUCACUGCGAGCUCAUCUUGUUCGUCAUACCCAAAAAAAUGAAGUGACUGUUGCAACUGCUAAUAUAGAUGAAAGUGGUGCAGCCACAAAGGGAAGAACUAAACGAGAAUUUAUCUGUGAUAUAUGUGGAAGAAGUUUACCUAAACUCUAUUCUUUGAGAAUCCAUAUGUUGAAACAUACAGGUGUAAAGCCACAUGCAUGUAAGAUUUGUGGGAAGUCAUUUACCUACAAACAUGGUUUAAAGAUGCACCUUGUGUUGCACGAGGCACAAAAGCAGUUUAAGUGUGAAUUGUGUGACAAGUCCUUUGUCACAAAAAGAAGCCUUCAGGAGCAUGUAAGCAUUCACACAGGAGAAUCAAAAUACUUCUGUUCACACUGUGGAAAAUCUUUUCAUAGAGCUUCAGGACUUAGUAAACACUUAAAGAAACACCAGCCCAAACCUGAAAUUCGUGGCUAUCAAUGUACCCAGUGUGAGAAAAGUUUCUACGAACCUCGGGACCUCCGCCAGCAUAUGAACAAACAUCUUGGAGUGAAACCCUUCCAGUGUCAAUUUUGUGGGAAAUGCUAUAGUUGGAAGAAGGAUUGGUAUUCUCAUGUGAAGUCACAUUCUGUUACUGAUCCAUACAGGUGCAAUGUGUGUGGCAAAGAGUUCUAUGAAAAAGCUUUGUACAGGAGGCAUGUUAAAAAAGCCACUCAUGGGAAGAAAGGGAGAGCAAAACAAAAUUUGGAGCGUAUUUGUGAACACUGUGGGAGAAAAUUUACCCAGCUUCGGGAGUACAGAAGGCACAUGAACAACCAUGAAGGCGUUAAACCUUUUGAGUGUCUAACUUGUGGUGUUGCUUGGGCUGAUGCACGUUCCUUAAAACGUCAUGUGAGGUCACACACUGGAGAAAGACCUUAUGUGUGUCCAGUAUGCAAUGAAGCCUACAUAGAUGCCCGUACCUUAAGAAAGCACAUGACUAAAUUUCACCGGGAUUAUGUACCUUGUAAAAUCAUGCUAGAAAAGGACACUCUUCAGUUUCAUAAUCAGGGGACUCAAGUUGAACACGCCAUCAGUAUUUUAACAUCUGAUGUGCCAGAACAAGAAACAGAGGUUUGUACUGAAGAGAUCGAGACUGUAGUAAUUACUGAAGAAACACUUGACACUGUUGCAGCUACUGAAGAGUGUACAACAGUUUCUACUCUUUCUGACCAAAGUAUCAUGCAAGUUGUCAAUUAUGUAUUAGCACAACAACAAGGACAGAAAAUGGCAGAGGUUACAGAAGCUAUUCAAACUGUAGAAGUAGAGGUAGAGCAUGUUUCUGAUCAAGACUGAAUACACAUGUUCAUUAAUGCAGAACCUUGGUGAAACAGCAUGUAAUUUUCAAAAUAUUAACUGUCUGACUAGCCUUUUAUAGUAAUUUCAGGAUUCUCUUCUGAGUUUUGUGAAAAAAGCUAUACCUACAUCUGUAAUUAAAAAGUAAAAUUAAAGAAAUUCACCGGAUAAGUAAUGGACUUGCACUAAGACUACUGCACCAGAUGUAAAUGCUUAGUUUAAAAAAACCUUUAAAAUAAAAUCAUUUAUGUGAUGGUGAUAGUUAUGCUGUAAUUUUUUAUGCAGCUGUUUUUCUUUGUUGAGCAUUUAAUAUACCAAAGACUUGUGCCAAUCAUUUUAAAAUUGUAGCUGUAUUUAUUCUUAAAAUUCAAGGAGGGAUAUAAUCUACAAAAACAAUGAAUCUGUUAUUAAUGGAGAUAAAUAUUGUAGUCUGAUAUACUUAUUUAGUCAAAAUCUCUGCAUAGUUUUCUUUAAGUACAAAAACAAUCUGGGUGGCAUAGAUUUUCUUACAGAAUUAUAGAAUAAAGAUUCCAUAAGAACUAUUUCUAUAUAUUUUAAAUUAUAACCAAAUGCAAUUCUGUGAUGGUUCAAGCUGCAUUAAACGAUAGGCAGUUAUGGGAGAGAAAUUGGGUAGUUUUGCUUUUCAAAUUCUGAAAAAUAUUUCCAAGAUUACAUGUUUUGAGAUUAGCAAAAGUAUUUGUAUAUAUCAUGUAUAAACUGAUAAAAUUGUUUCAGUUUAGAAUGAACUAAGAUACAAAUGCUGUAUAUAAGAAAAACAGGAUUGCUUUAAACUUACUUCUGUUCACAGUGAAGGUCCUAAGUUUUAGCUUUCGUACUGUCCUGAUAUUUAUAUACUGUCUUAAAAUUUAAGUAAUUAUUAUGUGGAUCAAAGUUUGUGAAAAGCAAACCAAAAAGUUACCUAUUAGAGUUAAUACACAACUGUGCAAAUAGUAAUAGCAAAUAAUAGUAUUGGACGUAGUAUGUAAUGUUUUUUAACAAGCCAGUUAGCCCUUCCUGCCGAUAGAGUAUCCUCAGUGAGCAGAAAAGGGUGAGUCCAUGUGCCCUUAAAAAUCUGUUUUGUAAAAUUGGUAUGCCUCAUGGAAAGACUUCACUUGAGAACUGGAUUUUUCCAAGGGAAGGUUUCAUGGAAAUAAACAAUUGAGCUGUUUCUCUCAAUUUUUACUAGAAAGUUUCCUGUGUAUUUUGGACAUUUUAGAUGAGCAGCAGUUCUAGUUACUUAAAAAAAAAAAAAAGCCCUGCGUUAAUUCUGAGUUGUUGCCUGCAAAACAAUGUGACCAAACCAAUAUUCUGAGGAUUCUUAUUCAAAGAAAAGUGUAUCAUCACCUAAUAUGUUUGGUUUAUUUUUUUUUAAAUUUUUGGUAGAUAAUAGAGACAAUAUGAUUAGUUCACUCUGAAACUUCAAGGGAUAGGUUUAUUAGAAUAUUUUCAUUACAGCUGAGAAUAUUGAAGAUAACAGUUUCUAUCUAUAUUAUUCUUGUAUUAACACUAAAUGUAACUUGUCAUUUAGGAUUGGGUAUGGUGCUAUCUGUCCUGCUUGUAUGCAGAAUCAGAACAAUGGGCAGAUUGUGGGAGUACUGUAUUUAGAUUUGCUACUUAUGGUUUCCCAGUACUUACUAUAGAAAUGUGCAAGCAGUGCAAUGAAUUGGUAAAAGUAUGUUAGGUCUGACAAACCUAAAAGCUAGAUCAGUGUCUUAAAUGAUUAGUGCAAAUGAGACUUUGAGAAAGAUGAGAUUCUAAUAGGUGAUAAACUUUAAUGGUCCAAAGCUUUCUGUCUUAUUUUAUAUAUGUACAUACCCAUCAAAUUGUUGCCUUAGGGGUAAGCUAAGUUAUGUAAAGUGCAGAAAUAAUAAGAAAUAUUAAGCACAGAAAUUAAAAGCAGGAAAUAAGAGACAGGAAAUGGAAAUUUAAAUCUAACGUACUAACCAACCCUCUGCAUACCUUUCUAUCCUUGCAAACCAUGCUCACUUCUACCAUUUCUAUGCACCAGUUCAUACACAGUCCUUUGUCCUUUAAGCUUAUCAUUCUUCUCCAUCAACACCAUCCAGCUACAAUUUUCUCAGUCUUUCCCUUCAUCUCAACCCAUUCAUGAACUUCCUAAGUGGUGGGAUGAAGCAAUAUGUUGGCUGGCAAUGUAGUCUUUAAAUAUCCUAUCUUGCAUAGAAUCAGGUGAGAACACAUGGGGUAAAAUUGGGUACUGGUUACCAAAAUCUGCCAAAACCGACCUGUUGUGUCCUUAUCAUUAGCAGGGAAUGCUACAUGUGACAUAAGUACUACUAAGGCUCAUAAUUUACUCUAUAUUAUUAAAUGCAUUAUGUCUUAUUUGAUUUUAAUAAAAAUAAUGAAGUGGAUUAAAAAUACUAUUGUAAAAUUGUUAGUUAUGCUCAGCAAAGAUGUUAAAUUUGUUUCCUGUUCAAUCAUGAUGUAAUAAGGCAGUCUGUUUUCUUUUUAAAACACUUCUUAUCCCCUAUUGACAUGGAAGAGAUAUAACUCAAGUAAUGGAGGGUGGGGAUGUGCGCCUAGAUUCAGGUGCAUUAUCUAGACCUGCUAACAGAGGACCACAGUGGUCUUUACUAACAGAAAUGCAGUUGGUCUCUGAAAUGCACUCAAAUGUUUUCCAGAGCUAUAUGUAGGAGAAAGCAUUUAUAUGGAAAGCAGUUUUUCAAGGAAGAAUAUUAUUGAAAAAAUACUGUUCAGUACUAGUAACAAAGACUCCUAAUAUGAAUUGAUGAUUCAUUUGUUUGCCAAGCAAAUGUCCCAGUAGAGCAAAAAGGGUAGAUUGCGUUAAGCUCUGCAUGUGAUCAAAUGGUUUGCCUUAAGAUAAAUCACUGAUCAGAGCAAUUAUAUUUUCUCAAUUUAAUCCAGCUUUCGUGAUGUUGGAGUAAUUCCAGUGAUUUCAGGAAAAUUUACUACAAUACGACUAAAGUCUGAACACAACCCAUUAUAAACACUAAAUGGUCUAUAAUCUGGUGAAACCAGAAGGAAACAAGAUAUUUCUUUGCAUAAGACAAUAGAGGAAACCAAAAUUGGUUUUAAGAUAAAUUUGUGUUUUCAUAUUUCCCUUGAUAUAGUUUAUGAUACAAAUUAUUUAUAACAUAUGAACUUAAUUGUGUAUCUAGUUCUGUGUGACUUAUACAAUUGUCUCAACAACUAGAUCGUAUGCCUAAAUAUGCAACAUCCAACGUCUGCAAUGUAAGUAUCUUCUGGUUUCCAAUUUGCAUUUCCAUAUUAAUGUAGCAUAGAAAAUACUUGAAAUUCUUCAAAGAUCUUAUGAAUAUAACUGUGAGAUUUCAAACUCUUGGUUAUUUUAAGCCUGAAUUACAGGGCAGACACACUUUUUCACUAUUUUGAGUUAGAGGAAAGUCCUGAAAAUACACAUUAAGAUUAGCAUAGGACAACUCAGUUACAAACUUCAAAAAUCCCAAGCAAUUGGUUUUAGAAAGGCAGUAAACAGAUUUCUAUUUAUGUAAUAUUUAGUUAUAGGUUUUGUGCUUUUAUGAUAAGAAACCAAGAAUAGGAAUCAACAUUUUGUAAAGUCUUGAAUUUUCAUAAGGAGUAGAACCACCACAGUUUAAGAAAUAACUUUUACAUUUCUUGUUUAUAACAGAGAAUUUAAAGAAAGUAUAAAUUACAGCCUUUUAAUUGCAGACAAAAUAAUUUGCAUACAGAUACUUAAAAUAACAAACAUGUUUUGAAUUUAAGAGCCCAGAGGACUAACUGAUAAAAAUUCUUGCUAAACUUAAGAAAACUGGGGCCAGAUCCAAUAACAUGAGCAGAUUUCCAUUAAGAUAAUUUAGAAUGUUUUCCAUCUGCUGCCCCAAAAGCUAUGGAGGUUCUUUAAACUCCUUUCAGGAAAUUCUUAAGAGAGGCAAUUUGGUCUGCCAAUAAAGACAUUUCUACUGGUAAAAGGACAGUGUUAAAUAAACCCUUUGAUGCCAUUUUUCUUCACCAGCAAGUUUUAAUUUUAGGACAACAAAGUUGAUGGUAGAUGACUGGAAUAUGCUCAUAACAUUCAACUCUACAAUAUACCUGAAAACUAAUUUAUCCGACAUAAUUUAUACUUAUAUACUGUACUUUCAUCUAUUCUCACUAGAUCAAUCAAUCAAUAGCAUUUUAUGCUACUACUAAAACAUCAUAAAGAGCUCAGAUAUAUGUUUAUAUGCUUUUUUGAUGGUUUUAGCUAAGAGCAUUGGCAAUCCUGCUUUAGUAACCUACUACUGAAAAAACAAUUAUGUAACAUUAUUCCAGCAAUAUUAAACAUGAAACUGCCAGAAAUAAAAGCUAAAACUUACAUUUACAUUCUACCAUUUUUAUGUAAUAUUGGUGAAAUAGUUGCUUUUUAGUCUUAUAAUAUCUAUUAAAAUAUACAAGAAAACAGAAUAGUGGUGCUUACUGGAAAGGCUAUUUCUGGUUUGAUAUGUGGAAGAGCAAAGGCGGAUAACUUAUAAUUUUUGCACAGAAACAGAAAAUUGCAUGAGGGUUACUUUCCCCUACUACAACUUUUCCUAAGAAACUUCUCUCAAGUUCCAUACAGUAGUCAUUCUUGAGCCAGAAAAAUUGAACUGUAAUUAAAUAAUGUAAUACAAAAUUGAGCUAUGAUCUAAGCAGUCACAACCUAUUUUGGUGCAAUGUUGAAUCCUCCUGGUUACUGUUGUGUAUGUGAAAAUCAAGGAUAUUAUCUUGGUUAAUUCACACAUCUGACUAGAAGGAAUCAGACAUUUCAUUUUCUUUAUGCAUUGAAUAUAACUAAGUUGGGGCAAGUAAAAACUAACCAAUAUUGUGGAUGAGCUAAAUGGCUAUACUAUGAUAGUCAUUUGAACUAUUAUUAAUAAUUCAAGAGGAAGAAGUUGGUAGUUUUCAGAAGGCUGUGCAACUUACCAAAAUGAAAGGUAUAAUGAAGACAACAACAACAAAAUCUCCUAAAAAACAGAUAAAAACGAAGCGGACAAAACACUAGCUACAAAACAAUGAAAAAAAGAUAGAUAUUUGUCUUUAAUGGAAUCUUAUGGCUUUCCUCCCUUCAAGUCCUGCUGUGCUACCUCAUCGGGGCAGGUGCCUCAUCUGGGUGGGAUGAACAAAAAACCCCAGGUGUGUAUACAAGAGUAAAUAUUCCCAGCUGGGUUGUCCAAGGUGUGAAAAUCAUUCCAGCUGCACAGCCAAAGCAAGCAGCCACCUACAUGGGGCAGCACCGAUAUAGGAAGAUGCUGGAUGCAGAUGGAUGGGAGAAGGGAAUGGUAUACUGCCCCUGUAUUUUUACCAAGGAAACCACAUGGAUAGAAAAUAUAAAAUGACUGACAAUAUAGUGCCAGAUAAUGGGCACCUCAAGUCAGGUGGCACUCAACAUGCUACUGAGGAAAAGCUGAAGAUCUUUCAAAGUACUAAUGGUGUUUACAAUGUGGUUAGAUUACAGCCUCCAGGACAUUGGAUAGUUGUUGAUGUUGCCAUAAAGGAAAAGAAAAUCGGAAGCUGCAAAGACAGAAUUGCAGUGGGAAUAUGGAAUGUAAGAAGCAUGAAUAUGGGAAAGCUCAAGAAUGAAAUGAAAGAUGAAACAACUACACAUUAACAUCAUAAGCAUCAGUGAAUUGAGAUGGACUGGAAUUCGACAUUUUCAAUCAGAAGAUCAUACUGUUUAUUACUCAGAACA